ACUUGACCCGGAAGUGAUUGUGCAUUUCCACGGAUUUUAGCAACAGCACGUUAUAGGCCUCUCUUAUUUUUGACAUAUACCUAUAUAAUUAUUUUUUUUGGUGUAUACAAAUAAUGACAGACUUGUAUUAGUCUGGGACUGUGUAAGAUCGAAUGGACAUGUACAAGUCAAAGUAAUUCAAAUAUAUACAUAUAUAUCUGAUACUGUGCUAGCCUCUGUAUUGGUGUGUGGGCGCUCGAAGGAUUUGGGGGAAUCAUUAGCGUUAUUCCUCUGCUGGAUAAUACAGCGUUGGAGCUGGAGCGCAUUUAUAAAGUCACUGUUCCGUUGUGUUGGAGUGUGUUUUAAUUCAAGUUUUGUGCGCGUCUUUACUGUUUGGGCAACUGCAGUGAAACACCUGCUAGCUAGCUUCUGCUAGCACUUCUGACUCGUGUAGGAGUUGCAGAAGGAAAAUGUCAGAUUUUGACGAAUUCGAGCGGCAGCUAACGGAGAACAAGCAAGCAGCUGACCGAGAUAAAGAGAACAAGCAGCACCGGAGGAGCAGCUCCAGGAGCCGGAGCAGAGAGAGGGACAGGAAAAGGAGGAGCAGGGACCGAGAGAGACGAGGAAGCCGAGACCACCAUGGGGACACCAAGGAACGCAGACACAGGCGGAGUCGGUCUCCACACCGUGAGAAAAAGAAGGCCAAAGUGAAAAAGUACUGGGACGUUCCUCCUCCUGGCUUCGAACACGUCACACCCGUGCAGUACAAAGCCAUGCAAGCUGCUGGCCAGAUUCCUGCAACUGCCUUGCUCCCUACAAUGACCUCUGAGGGUCUGGCUGUGACUCCGAGUCCUGUGCCUGUUGUGGGCAGCCAGAUGACGCGUCAAGCUCGGCGGCUCUACGUAGGCAACAUCCCGUUCGGCAUGACUGAGGAGUCCAUGAUGGACUUUUUUAACGCCCAGAUGAGGUUGGGUGGCCUGACUCAGGCUCUGGGAAACCCAGUUCUUGCUGUGCAGAUCAACCAGGACAAGAACUUUGCCUUCCUAGAGUUCCGCUCGGUGGAUGAGACAACGCAGGCCAUGGCGUUUGAUGGCAUCAUUUUCCAGGGACAGAGUCUGAAGAUCCGCCGACCGCACGAUUAUCAGCCACUGCCAGGCAUGAGCGAGAACCCAAGUGUUUAUGUUCCAGGCGUCGUUUCCACCGUAGUGCCUGACUCGGCUCAUAAGCUCUUCAUCGGCGGACUUCCUAAUUAUCUCAACGACGACCAGGUGAAGGAGUUGUUGACUUCCUUUGGUCCUCUGAAAGCCUUUAACCUGGUGAAGGACAGCGCCACUUGUCUCUCGAAAGGCUACGCCUUCUGUGAAUACGUUGACGUCAAUAUCAGCGAUCAGGCUAUCGCUGGGCUCAAUGGCAUGCAGCUAGGGGACAAGAAACUCCUAGUCCAGAGAGCCAGUGUCGGAUCCAAGAACACUACACUGCCUGGGAUCAACCAGACACCAGUGACGCUGCAGGUGCCUGGCCUGAUGAACAGCUCCAUGAACCAGAUGGGCGGCAUCCCCACCGAGGUGCUGUGUCUGAUGAACAUGGUGUCCCCCGAGGAGCUGCUGGAUGACGAGGAAUACGAGGAGAUCGUAGAAGACGUCCGGGAUGAGUGCAGCAAAUACGGCCAAGUGAAGAGUAUCGAGAUCCCGCGGCCUGUAGACGGCCUCGAGGUGCCUGGUACUGGCAAGAUCUUCGUGGAGUUCAUGUCUGUGUAUGACUCUCAGAAAGCCAUGCAAGGCUUAACAGGUAGGAAAUUUGCCAACAGAGUGGUGGUGACCAAAUAUUGCGAUCCUGACGCCUACCACAGCCGAGACUUUUGGUAGAGACAGCGGAAGGAAAGCAUGAGAGACCUGAUGAAGAUAUGAGAGAGUUACAUGGACAUGGAUUAAGAAGAUUUUUAGGGGCAAAGCAUGAUUUCAUUUAAUUUUUUAAAUUAUUAUUUGAAAUCACCAUGACUUGAAAGAAGACGCACCAUAAGAAUUCCUUGCUUUGCAGUAUUUUGGAGUUAUACUGUUCAGCAAAAAAAAAACAGUUCUUUGUGUUUGGACUUUAAUGGUGGAAUAAAUUGACUGUGAAGCAUAAAUAGCACGGUUAAUGUGAGAGACCAUACAGUGACUUGCUUUCUUUGUAUAUAGAACAAUCUCAGUACUGGAUCCAGCUACUGUACAUGUUUAUCCCAAGUUUAUUACCAUCGUCUUUCCCCCCUUUUUCUUUUCAAGAAAGAAAUGUCUCCUCAGUUUUAUUUCGUCUGACUUUUUUGUUUGUAAGACAUUUUCUCCUGACUUGAUCUAACCAAAUUUGGUUUUAGGGUUGUCGUUUUUUUUUAAAUCUAACCUCUGACAUCUACUGCCCUUUUUUUUUUUUCGGACAAUUUUAAGAGAUGGAGAACACCAAGCUGUGGGUGGGUUGGAGUAUCCCUGCUGGUUUCAUUCUUCAGUUGUGCUUUUCUUUGGUAUUCUGUUUUUUGAGGAUGUGAUUUCUCAAAUUCAUUAAUAAAAAAAUCUUGGGGGUGGGGGACUAU